AUGACUCAGCUAACGGUGUUGGACAUAAGAAGGAACAAUUUCAGUGGGAGUCUUCCACCGUUAUGUAGUCAACACACUUCAUCGACCAGUAUCUUGAAUGGUGAUGGUAAUCAAUUGACAACCAUUAUCUUGAACGGUAAUCAUUUCGAAGGACAUGUCCCUGUGUCGUUACUCAACUGUAUUGGUUUAGAAGUUCUUGAUAUUGGGAAUAACGCUAUAAAUGACACAUUUCCAGCUUGGCUAGGAACUCUUGAAGAGCUGCAAGUCCUUAUAUUAAAGUCGAACAAGUUCCAUGGACCUAUAAGUACUAGCCACAAGUUUGGCUUUCCCAUGUUGCGGAUUUUAGAUCUCUCUCAUAAUGAGUUCAGUGGCUCACUGCCUGUAGAAGUUUUUCAAAACUUCAAUGGAAUGAUCAAAAUAGAUGACAGUGACACAGGUAAGAUCGAAUAUAUGAAAACAUCUGACUCAUUUUUUGUUAUCUACGAUGAUUCAGUAAGAGGUGAUAUUCCUAUGGAACUAGGACGAUUGAAUAUGCUUGAAGCGUUAGAUCUCUCUUGUAAUCCACUCGCUGGAAAGAUUCCGCAACAAUUGACAAGGCUAACCUUUCUGGCAUUCUUAAACCUCUCUCAAAACCACCUAGCUGGACGCAUUCCUCAAGGUUCACAGUUCAACACAUUUGAAAAUGACUCGUAUGGUGGCAACCUUGAUUUAUGUGGUCCUCCUUUAUCAAAGUAA